AUGGUCCGCAUGGGGAAAGUUCAGGAGCUGCGUAGAAAUUACCAUUCUCUUUCCGCGCUGGCCUUCACCGUCAUCAUCCAAGGAGCUUGGGAGGUGCUCUUGACCGCGACAACUCAGGGAUUGGUUGAUGGAGGGCCUGCAGGCUUGAUAUGGUCAUAUGUCUGGACCUUUAUCGGCUUCUCAUUUGUCGUUGCAUCACUUGCCGAGAUGGCAUCGAUGGCACCGACUGCCGGUGGCCAAUAUCACUGGGUAUCUGAAUUCUCGCCUCCCUCGGUACAAAAGCCUUUCAGUUUCUUCAUCGGUUGGAUGUCGACCCUCUCCUGGCAGGCGGGUACAGCUUCGGGUCCUUAUCUUGUCGGCACGCUUAUCCAGUCCUGCGCUAUCGUCGUCUACCCUGACUACGCGCCGACUGGAUGGCAGGGUACACUUAUGGUCAUUGCCAUUACGCUCCUGGUCUGGGUGUUGAACGUGUACGGCGCCAAUUUGAUGCCCCUUUUCCAGAAUUUGAUGCUAGUGUUCCACAUCGUAGGCUUUCUUGUCAUUAUUGUUAUAUUGUGGGUUCGUUCGCCCCGCGCCACGGCGAAAGCCACCUUCACAGAAUUCACGAACGAUGGUGGCUGGAACUCGAUCGGUCUAGCUCUCAUGGUUGGCCAGAUAUCCGCAAUAUAUGCCUGCAUCAGCACCGACGCAGCAGCACACAUGAGCGAAGAAACCCAAGAUGCCGGCAGAACAGUUCCGCGAGCGAUGCUGGGAGCCUACUUCUUGAAUGGCAUUUUGGGAUUCGUGUUCCUCAUCAGCUAUAUGUUCAUGAUGACAGACGUAGAAGCUGCCCUUGAAGAUGCCACCGGGUACCCGCAUAUUUGGGUAUUCAGUCAGGCAGUUCCCAAAGGCGCUGUCGUGGUCCUCAACGCCAUUCCGACUAUCCUCAUCUUCGCUGGAACCCUCAGCUUCAACUUGUCCACAUCAAGACAAACUUGGGCCUUCGCGCGAGACGAAGGAUUCCCUCUCAGCGGAUGGCUGGGCAAAGUCCACCCAAAACUGCAUGUGCCGGUGAAUGCCAUCACGUUUACUAGUAUUUUCACUGUUCUGCUGUCCUUGAUCAACGUCGGAUCAAACGCGGCCUUCAACGCAAUUAUCUCGCUCAACGUGGUCUCACUCAUGAUCACCUACAUGUUUAGUAUAGGUGCUGUCCUGUACCGCCGCAUCUACCAUCCUGAGCUACUACCGCGCUGCAGGUGGUCGCUGGGGCGAUUUGGAGUUCUUGUGAACAGCGUCGGUCUUCUCUACGCCACACACGCCUUCUUCUGGUGUUUCUGGCCGAACGCAACGCCUUUUGCACUGGAAGACUUCAAUUGGUCCGUCGUUAUGUUCGUCGCUGUUGCGGUUCUGUGUCUUGUAGACUACGCGAUUCGAGGAAGGAAAGUCUACAAGGGCCCUGUGGUCCUAGUAGAGGGAUGGCAUAAUUCUUGA